ACUCAUUAGAGCCACCACACCAAUCCGUUAGUUCUCAACGAUGCAGGUUGCUAUGUGUUAUUUUUCUCGGCCACAGCGACUCACUUUUGAUGCUAAAUACUUCACAAAGAUGCUACUACUAAGGCUAAGGAGUUCGACUUUAGUUCCGAGCAGUUCAUCCCUGGAAACUAUGGAUUUGCUUAAGGUGGAGAACGAUCCAAUUUGAUGCUUCUGUUCUGUUGGAGAUUCGUUGCUCCUCCAAAGAUGUGACUAGAAGCAGGCCAAAAGCAUGCUAUGCGACAUUGAGGUGGUAGAUGGGCAUCAAAGUCUUCUCUUUCUGGUUGCUCCUUCACCAGGAUGGCCUCUCUGAGGAAGCUCCACGCACGCCUUGUAGUACUAGGAUUAGAGAGAGAUGGCCCUUCAAUGUUGAACAUGCUCUCUUCUUGUACUCCAUCAACUUGUGACUUGGAAUAUGCGUGCCUGGUUUUUGAGCGGGUUGAGCACCAAUCCUAUUUCAUCUGGAACACCGUGAUCAGAACUUCUGCCGAGGGAAGUAAGCCUGAAGAUGCUAUUGGUUUCUACAAGCGAAUGAAGCAACGGGGCGUCCAACCUGACAACUACACAUUUCCAUUUGCGCUCAAAGCUUGUUCUCGAUUGGAAGAGAUUGCAGAAGGACGUAAAAUGCAUGGAGAUAUAGUAAAAAUGGGGCUUUCUUCCAAUGUAUUUGUGCAAAAUGCUUUGAUCCAUAUGUAUGCUGCAAAUAAGAAAAUUGGGAAUGCACGCCAGUUGUUUGAUGAGAUGCCUGAGAGGGAUUUGGUGUCUUGGAACUGUUUGAUAUCUGGCUACAGUCAAAACGGCUGCUUGCGGGAUGUUUUGGCACUGUUUCAGGAAAUGCAGUCCCAAAAUGUACUUGCUGACGAGAUUACGAUGGGAAAGGUGAUCUUGGCAUGCACUCAUCUUGGUGAAUGGGGGAUAGCUCGGUUAGUGGUGGAGUACAUUGAGAAGAACAGUGUGAAGUUAGACAUGUUCCUCUGUAACACCCUCAUUGACAUGUAUGGACGAUGUGGUUGCGUCGAUGAUGCGUACAAAGUGUUUGUUGAGAUGUCCAAAAGAAACAAUGUGUCUUGGAAUGCUAUGAUUACGGCUUGUGCCAAGGCGGGAGACAUAGCAGCUGCAAGAAAAUUGUUUGAUGAGAUGCCUGAAAGGGAUCUCGUCUCAUGGACAGCCAUGAUUGCUGGCUACUCGCAAGCUAGUGAGUUCUCUGAGGCACUGGCACUGUUCCGCCAAAUGCUGAUAGAAAAUAUCAAGCCUGACGAAAUAACAUUAGUGAGCGUCCUUUCGGCUUGUGCCCAUCUAGGGGCUUUGAAUAUAGGAAGUUGGAUUCACAAUUACAUCCACCAAAACAGGGUAAAAUCCGACGUUUUCUUAGGAAAUGCCUUAGUAGACAUGUAUUGUAAGUGUGGAAGCAUCGACAUGGCCAUUGAUGUCUUCUACAACAUGCCUCAGAAGGAUGUCCUUUCGUGGAAUUCAAUCAUCUUGGGGUUGGCUGUGAAUGGUCGUGCAAGCGAUGCCCUUCAGCUUUUCCCUGAAAUGAUAAGGGUAGGCGUUCAACCGAGUGACGUGACUUUCAUUGGUAUUCUACUUGCCUGCAGCCACGAGGGAUUGGUGGAUCAAGGUUAUGGGUACUUUGAACAGAUGAUGAAUGUCUAUCAUCUGUCACCACAGAUGAAGCAUUAUGGCUGCAUGGUUGACCUUCUUAGUCGGUCUGGACGGCUUGAUGAAGCAUACAAAUUCAUAUUGAAGAUGCCUUUUGACUCUGACCCCGUCCUCUGGCGUACACUGUUGAGUGCUUGUGCUGUUCACGGUGAUGUAGAACUGGCCGAAAUUACUACAAAGAGGCUCCUUGUGUUGGAGCCAAGCAACAGCGACAACUAUGUACUUCUGGCAAAUGUUUAUGCACGUACCGGUAGAUGGACUGAUGCCAUGAGAAUUAGGGAGAAGAUGAAGGGAAGCAAUUUGAAGAAAACGCCAGGGUGUAGCUCCAUUGAGGUCAAUGGGGUUGGUUACAGGGAGCAGAUUCUUGUCUGUAACAAAGAAUAGCAACACUUUUUUUGUCAUUAUUGAAGAUACUAGAGCUCUAUCGAGGCAGAGUUCUCAUUUCUUCGAUAGAUGAAGAGAUACUUUUCCCUACAUAGACAUGCAUAUGCCGGGCGGAAGAGAGCCAUGCAUCGAGGGCCAGGAUUACUGCUAGUUACUGGCAGACACUUGACCAACAUGGCUGAGGGCACAAGGCUAUUAUGGCAGGUGAAUAAGGAAGGUUUGAGACUAUGACCAGUUGGGCGAGUCUUAUGUAGAUGGUGGUGAUAAUGAAGACCUGAAUUCCUUUGUUUGUCAUUCAAGUAAGCAAAAGGUUAAUAAUCCACUGCCCAAAGAAAAUUCGAAGGCACUUCCAUUCCUACUGCCUCUGAGGUCACAGGCAGGGCCUAGGUAAGUUACAAAACAUUGAGGCUACAUCAAAUUGCCAACACAAAGAGGUAUACCUUCAACAACUUGAUGCCAACAUCGUUGCUGUUAACAACAUUCUCUAAAGAGUAGAAGGAACAUUCAAACCCGCCCUACCAUCAGCAAUGAGGUAGAUCAUGAAGCUCAGCAAUCGUCUGUAAUGAGUUUGACACAGUGUUGUCAUAAGAAAAAUGACUCGAUGGACAACGUAACUGUUGAAAUCCCUAGUUAAGAGAAAAUAAUUGUUUUGUGUCUAAUGUUCAUCAGAUAAGUUUAACUUCA